GAAUGAAUCAACCUUGGCAUAGAAGAUAAGAUAAACCAAUGGAAUAAACUUAUUCUACUCAUUCGUCAGAAAAAGUUUCUGUAACAUUAUCCGGCUGGAAUGUACGUGUAAUGUUGAUUGAUAGUUAAAUAAACAAACAAGAGUUUAAAUUGCUACUCAUUUUUUUCCUCUUAUCUAGUAAACUGAUAAAUUUUCGGGUUUUUAAUCUGUUUGCCCUUUCCAUUCUCUUUCUAUUCAGUUUGACUACCGGUAUUUCCGUCACUGAAAAUUUUUUCUUGUCACUGGGAUCAUGAGCUCUGCAAAAUUAGCCCCCAAAAUUAAAUUGAACAAUGGAAUGGAAAUGCCUCUUAUCGGUUUAGGCACAUGGAAGUCUAAACCUGGUCACGUAUUUGAAGCUGUGAAGUGUGCCAUUCAGAGUGGAUAUCGGCAUAUUGAUUGUGCUCUUGCCUAUCAAAAUGAGACGGAAGUUGGAAAUGCAAUCAAAGAAAAGAUUGCUGAUAAAACCAUCACUCGCCAAGCUAUCUUUGUGACUACUAAAGCAUGGAACACAUUUCAUAGACGAGAAAAAGUUAUUGAAUCUUGUAAACGAUCAUUGAAAGAUUUACAGCUUGACUAUGUGGAUCUCUUCCUCAUCCAUUGGCCAAUCGCUUACAAAGAAGGAGAUGACCUUUUUCCUAAAGAUGAGAACAACAAGAUGUUAACAGAAAAUAUUGACUUCAUAGAAACGUGGAAGGGUAUGGAGGAAUGCUAUGAUAAAGGUCUUGUGAAAGCUAUUGGUCUAUCCAAUUUCAACAGUGAACAGAUUCGUAGAGUUCUUGAUGUGUGCAAAAUCAAGCCAGUUGUUUUGCAAGUUGAAUGCCACCCUUAUUUGAAUCAAAAUAAACUAAUUGAGUUCUGUAAAGGUUACGACAUUGCUGUUACUGCAUACAGCCCUCUAGGAUCUCCUGAUCGACCAUGGAAUAAACCUGAUGAGCCUAGUCUAUUGGAUGAUGAGAGAAUUAAAAAACUUGCUGAAAAAUACAAUAAGACUCCAGCUCAAAUUCUGUUACGAUUUAAUGUUCAGCGAGAAGUUGUCGUCAUCCCUAAAAGUGUUACAGAAGAAAGAAUAAUCAGCAACUUUAAUAUCUUUGAUUUUGCACUUACUCAAGAUGAAAUGAUAACAGUUGGUAGCUUUGCAGAGAAGUACCGUUAUUGCCACUUGAAUUGGUUGAAGGAUGAUCCAAACUAUCCUUUUGGCAUUGAGUAUUAAAAUGUUUGCUCUGAUUGAAAUAUUUGUUUGUAAGACAAAACUGCUACAGCACUGUAUAAAAGUAUUAACAUUUGGUUAACAAUAAAAAACUGUUUCAUCAUGAA